UGUCCCAAAAACCCUAACCCUAAACGGCGCUACUUUCACUUUUGUGUUUGGUGGUUUAUCAAUUUCCAAUCCAUUGACAGUGAAUAGCCGACGGGAAACGGCAAGAUGAGUCGCGGGGCAGCAGCCGGAGGGGUAGCCAAGGGAGGUAAAAAGAAGGGAGUAACCUUCACUAUCGACUGUGCAAAGCCAGUGGAAGAUAAGAUCAUGGACAUUGCCUCGCUCGAAAAAUUCCUGCAAGAGCGGAUCAAGGUCGGCGGCAAGGCCGGUGCUCUCGGAGACACUGUUUCUAUCUCUCGUGAGAAGUCAAAGCUCACCGUCACCUCUGACAGUAACUUCUCUAAAAGGUACCUUAAAUACUUGACGAAAAAGUACUUGAAGAAACACAACGUGCGAGACUGGCUUCGUGUUAUAGCUUCAAACAAAGAUAGGAACAUUUAUGAACUCCGGUACUUCAACAUUGCUGAGAAUGAGGGAGAGGAGGAGGAUUAAAGAUACAUCCAGCUCAAUAGUUUCAAAAAUUUAAAAGCUCUUUCUAGGUUUGCUGUAUUUGAAAAACUAGUCCAUGUUGUUGUUUUUGAUCAUUCUACUGAGUUUGGUGAAAUUUUGGCUAUAAAUCUGCUUUUCAAGUAUUAGAUGCUUUUUAGUAGAGUGCACUACUUGUUCUAUUCUACUUAA